UACGUGUCAAUGUGGCUGUGUUGUUCUCAUGAUGUGUGCACUCCACAUCAAAAUAUUAUUCAGUAAAAAGAAGUAAUAAUUAUGGGCGAUGAACAUCCACUCGAGGUUAGCAACACUAGCAGCUCCCGCUGUCCUUUUUUCAACGCUGUACCCGACGACUAUCGAUGCGAUGUGAUUCUUAAGGUGAAAAGAGCCACAGGGACAUUUUCACUAGUGGCAUGCCUUUUCAUGCUGUUUGCAAUAUGGCUGCUCCGCCGAUAUAACUCUUUGGCUCAGAAAAUGAUAUUCAGUCUGACAGUAGCUGCAGCUUUUGACAGUGUUGCUUAUGUUAUGGGAGAGUCUCAUCUAGAGGGGUCUCUGUGUAAUUUUCAAGCCUGGUGGCUCACAUAUUUUGAUUGGACCGCACUGAUGUGGGUUUGUCUUAUUACAUUUAAUCUGUACCUGAACCUGGUGAGAGAAAUCAGAACUGAACAUUAUGAAAUACAUUAUCAUUUGGUGGCGUGGGGGGUUCCUCUGCUCAUGUCCACCCUCCCCCUGAUGGCUGGGUACUACGGUCCCUCUGGAGCCUGGUGUUGGAUCACAGAUAAGCAUGUCGGGUGGAGGUUUGGCAUAUGGUACAUUCCUCUGUUUAGCCUGAUUAUCCUCAUGACCUGCUGUUAUGCUCGAAUCAUCUGUGUGGCCAACGAGAGGAUGCGUUCCUGGUUAGGCACCUUCAACCCAGAAAGAGAGAGGAGGAAGCUCUCUCUAUCUGAAGAGAUCAGACCGUUGAAGUGGUAUCCCUCUGUCUAUCUGCUCGUCUCUAUCUUCCCUCUCAUAAAUCGACUUCAUAAUGCUGCUUACCCAGAGGACCCUGUGUUUUCUCUGACGUUAUUGCAUGUGCUCAGUGCUCCCUUGCAUGGGCUUGCAAAUGCUCUUGUCUUCGGUAAGGACACCUGGAGUCAGUUGAGUACAACAGGAAUAAAGAUGGCUAUCCAGUCUCGACUGUGUGACAGCACAAUGAUUGGAGAGUACCAUGCUGCAAAUGUAAGAUACACACAUGACCUCAAUACACACUCCGAUUCCGACGAUGAGGACAACAACGUCCUAUUUUACAGCCCGGACAUGAUCUUAAAAGAUAGGGGACCCUGGGAGAAUGUUUAGGAAGUGUGCGUGUGUGUGUGUGUGUGUGUGUGUGCGUGCGUGCACAUAUUUUUACAUUAUUUGCCUUUAAAGAAUUUCUAUCAGUGUUUCUGUGUUGCAGCUUUCUUGUUGACAGUUUAAUUAUAGCAUGUAUUAUUAUAGUUGGAGAACAGAAGAGAAAAUGGUUGAUAGUAUGUUUUCAUUUGCCAUUAAAGAUGAAUGAUAGCACAAGAUUUGUUCUACUGUAUUAAUGUGGAAAAUCUUUCAAUCAAGCUGUUUACCGCCUCAAAAUAAUGUUUGUUGUAUAUAAUGGAAUUAAAGAUUUCCUUUUCUAUUUCAUUCAGCUGAUUAUUUCAGACAUAUUCUUUUAAAACAUUUGAGCAUGUUUUACUAUUUUAUUUAUGAAAAUGUACACUAUAUUUUUGUAUCAUUUGCAGAUUCAGCAAAUUUAAAAUACAAAUUUAAUAAGAUGUA